UCGGUCUCAAGAUGGACGACGACAGCUCGCUUGACACUCUCUUAGCGCGGGCGACGAACCCGCUAUGCCGGGAGCUGGACAUGGAGGCGGUGCAGCGGCUGUGCGAGCGCAUCUUGCUCGAGCGGGACGGCUCCCACCAGGCACUGCGCUUUCUCGCCCACAAGAUCCAGUCACCACAGGAGAGGGAGGCCAUGCAAGCACUUCAGGUGCUGGAGGAAUGUGCCAACAGAUGCGGAGCCAAAUUCCAAGACGAGCUGGGCAAGUUCCGCUUUCUUAAUGAGCUCAUCAAGGUGGUCUCGCCCAAGUACCUGGGCAAUCGUGCCUCCCAGCGGGUCAAGCAGAAGAUCAUUGAGGUGCUCUACCGCUGGAGCAUUGAGAUGAAACACCACGCCAAGAUCCACGAGGCUUACCAGAUGUUGAAGCGCCAGGGUGUCAUUGCUGUCGACCCCGUCUACGUCAUCGAGGAUUACGAGCCAGGCCCUGCGCCAGCACCCAGGUCCCAGAGCGCCGUCUUCGAGGACGAAGAAAAGUCCAAGAUGCUGCAAAAGCUGCUGCAAAGCAAGAAUCCAGAGGACCUGCAGGCCGCCAACCGUCUCAUCCGCAACAUGGUCAAGGAGGCGGAUCGGCGCAUGGAGAUGCUGGCCCGGCGUGCGACCGAGAUCGAGACGGUGCACAAUAACGCCAAGGUGCUGAAGGACAUGCUGGCCAACUACCGGCCGGGCGAGACCUCGGCAGAAGAGCAGGACCUCAUGAAGGAACUGUUUGAGAGCUGCGAACGCCUGCGGCCCAAGCUGUUCCGGCUGGCUGGAGAGAUGGAAGAGAAGGACGAGGGGCUCAACGAGAUCUUGACAGCCAAUGAUGAGCUGACCAAUGUGAUCAACAUCUACAAAAAGACCAUGGGGCUGGAGCCGGCUGUCAACGGUGGGAGCUCGACCACUGCCUUGAACGACACCCACGCCGUGUCGGCUGCCCCGGUUACUGCGGCUGCUGCUGGCUCCUUGCUGGAUUUGGGCUCCCUGGGCCCCGAUGUUCGCGAAGAACCAAAGAAGGUCCCCGUCGACCUCAGCCUGCUCGAUGACCAGCUACUUGCCCUCGGCAUAGGAGAUCCAGGCCCGCCGACUGCGACCAGCAGUAUGGCAGAUCUGGGCUCUCUCUUCUCCCCGGGUCUGCCUCAGGCUAGCACCAAUGCCAGUGCCGGGGGUGCCGCCGGUGCAGGCCCGUUUGGGGGCUUUGGCAAUGCCGCUGCCCCCUCCCGGCUUCCGGGAUAUUCACCCUCACAUCAGGCAGUGGCGCAGCCCACAAUGCUGGCACCAGGUACGGCGAGCGGCCUGCUAUCUUCGCCGUUGCGGCCGACACCCUCUUACAUCCAACAGGGGAACCACAUUAACAACAUCGGCAAUGGCAACAGCAACGCUGCAAUGGCAGGUGGGUCUCUACUGGGCAAGUCACGUGGCCUGGAAGAGCUAGAUGCCCUGGGCCAGUCGCUCAUCAAGCAGGCCCUGCCCCACAAUCCUGGCUCACAGGGAGACUUCCCCACCACACCACAGAAGAUUCCACUGAACCAGAUGUCACGACCCCUGCUGGCUGCUGCAAGCUCCAGCAACAUUCUGGCUUCAGCGGGAGUGUUCCAGCCCAUGAGUGUCGGACCAAAGACGCUGGCGCUGGGACCGUCUAUGCUGGCCCCCAUGGAGGGGCAUCCUCCAGGAUCCCCUUCCAAGAUGGCUACGGAUGAUCUCCUGAACAACCUGUUUGUGCCCCUGGAGCAGAUACAGCCGGGCUCGCAGGCUCCUGUGAACCUGCACGAGGAGAACGGGGUGCGCGCGGUGAUUCACAUUGCACGAAACCGGCCCCAGGAGCACGUGUCGGUGCUCGUCGUGUCCGUCACGAGUCAGAGCAGUCUGCCCGUGCGCCGGAUCGCCUUUCAGGCUACCGUGCCCAAGACGAUGCGGAUCAAGUUGCAACCGCCGUCAGCGACUGAGCUGCCACCUCACAACCCCAUCCUGCCGGCUGCUGCCAUCACCCAGGUCCUGCUGAUCGCCAACCCUGCCAAAGACCACGUACGCCUGAAAUACAAGCUGAGCUAUGCCAUCGAGGAGGAGAACCACACGCAUUCCGGCGAAGUGGAUUGCCCUGUCGACACAGCCACUGCUGCCACCUCAUGAUCACAACAGCCACCCGGCAAGAAGACCCGAGGACACCACCACCGCCGCUGCCACUACCCCACCGUCGCCACUGCAGGUUGACGAUACUUCUGUUGUAACACACAUGCCUGCGUCUGCCGCGCUUCUACUUUCGGAGCCUUUGUGAGUGCCAUUACACGAUCCAGCCCCUGCACAUUCCGCAGCGAUUCUUCUGGCAUCCUCGAGCCAUCGACCCGGAGAGCUCUUACGUCUGGCCUUUGGUCAUCAACCGACUGAUGAUGACUCUUGGCUGUCUUUGUAUUGUGUGCUCUAGAUUAUGAUGUCAGCGGAGCAUGUCGUCUGCUGCUUUACUGUAAUGGCACUGGAUUUUCGACCAAAUCCUAUGCCCCCCUGUGUGGCUCAAUACAGGUUUCAUGCUAGCUGCGAAUUGCAGGCAUUUGCAGACGACAACAAUAGCAGAUGCGAGCAUACGACUAAACAAGAGAAUGAGAAUGCCUCACUCAAGGCAUAGAAUUCGCGGGGACGAGCUCCGAGAGCAGAUGGUUGUGCAGACGACGCUCGGAUGCGCUGUGGGGCGAGAGGGGCAUGCUGGGCUUUGAAGUUUAGGCCUAGUUGCAGUGUUCACAUCUCACUGUAUUUUGGCAGAGGUAGUAAUUGUCUCUUUAAGUUAGAAGACGGGUGUUUGGGACAUUCACUCAUCAGUGCCACGGUUUCUUUCCCUCUUUAUUUUUUUGCUUUCGGAAUUUCCUCCUAGUGCACAGGUUUUGUCGAGAAAUGCAGCAUUACGCGCUUGCGGUAUACUUAAAAGUGUGUCACUCUUCUGAUUCGCCCGAUCUUGUCACAGUUUGUGCGUUAAGAAGUCUGAAACACCUGGUUAAUCAAAAGCAUUUGUUCGGAGACCAGGAGAAGGUAACGCACGCCUGGUUGAAGUAAAAAGAAAAGGAAUUAGAAAUAAACACCUCAUGUUGCUUUGAAAUAUGUGCUGCAAGAAUAGCACUGGUUUUCACAGCUUGUAAAAAGAAAAAGUGGGUUGUUUGUCAUAACAGGGCUGCCAUUUGAGACUCAUUUUCACAAGUGUCAUUUUUUUUAGACCUGAAGCUGUCCUUUCACGCUGGCAAGGUUUUUGGUGUCACGUGGGUCUGACUUCUUGCUUUGAGGUAUCUGUCGUUAAUGUGCUAUUGUACCGAGUGUGCUUUGUUGUUUCAGUGCCUUGAAUUAGUUGUGUGUACUCAAGAAGCUCUUAACCAAGACGACCAACAUCUAUGUUGCAUGAUCGGGUGUACUCUUUAAGAAGAAACUAUAUACUGAGCUGUUCCUAAUUGGUAGGUCUGUUUAUUUCUCCUUGCAUGCUUCAUAACACAUGAAAAAUCCAGCAUUGUUUUCUCCUGCAAAACAAGGAAAAACAGUCGUGAAGUACAUUUAGUUUCACUAUACGUAAAGAAGUUAAAUUCAAAUUUCUAACAGUAUGAGUACUUUACAGGAUUUCCAAAUUUUAUCGGUCGCCAAAAUCUUUCACCCAAGCGUAAAUGUUUAAUGUUAGUGCUUGAGUGCGGGAAAGAUUGGAAAGCAUUGUGUGUAGAAAUUUUUUCAUUUCAAAGCGCCAUGAAGGGGCUUCUAGUCAGGCCUAAAUUAUCAGUAAGGCCUAAGAUUAAGCCUAACAUUAGGCCAGACAUUAAGCCUAUCUUUUUAUCCAGGAAAGUAAUGUGCGUAUCCAUUUAUUAUGUGCAUGGCUUUUCAAACAACAGAAGAGCAAAAAGUAUAUAGUGUGUGCAUUGGAGUCGUGUGUGAAACGGGAACUACACAUGCGCAGUUAAUGACUGAAAAGAAAGCUCAUGCUUUAGAAGCUGAGGGAACAAAAGUGCAUGUCAGAAAUAAAAAAUAUUGUCGUGAACCAUGCGUGAGAACAUACAGUAUCAUAACAGUGUAAUAUUUAAUACUGUUCUCUACAAAAAUCAUAUCAGCGGCAGAUGCACAAGAGGAAACGUCGUAGCUGAGGUGGCUUGUUUAGAAAUAAAGGUGUACAAAUCUUUUGCAUAUCUUUCAAGGAUAAAGAAGGUAGCGAUGAGUGUAAGUGGCAUACAUGAAACUGUUCUGGGGCUUAUUUUCACUGUCAACACAAUUACAAAGCAGCAGCAGCCUUGAAGUUUAUUGAAUUUGAUGAUUGCCAGCACACAGACACAGCCUUGCAGCUGUUGUCAUCAAAUGUAAAGAAACCAUCGAAGUCUUACAGUAUGAUCCUCAAGGUUACUGCUUAGCACUCUGUCAGUCGGCGUAAUCUUUUUCAUUUAUUUGUGCUUAACAGAAAACUAACAUUGGUGUUUCGAAAAUCAGGCAGUGUAGAAAGUUCUUUAAGGGUAGCUCAAGAAUUAAGUACACAAGGCAGGGAGGGAGCAGAGGACACCAUGGUCCUGUCUUCACUCCUGCCUUGUGUCCUUUAUCGCGUUACCUCUUCAAGAGGUUCAACCAGUAUCGACUCACCCAAAUGUUGAUUCCUCUGUGGUAUAUUAAUAACCAGACCUUGAAUCAUCACUGACCCAAAACUGUGGCUGCAAUGAUAGUAGUAGCCAACCUGAGCUUGUAGAGAGAUUCUGGAGUUUUAUCCUGUUUAGUGCAGACAUGCAGGGAGUGGCAGUCUGGCUGAAGUUGCUUCCAUCCAUGACCAUGGUACUCUCAUUAAAGACAUGCAAUCUUAUUUGAUUUUUGCAUUCAGUUCUGCCAGUAGGUAUUGCUUGACCAUUUCAUUUAUGCUAGAAAUGCAAUUGCAGCAAAAUUUUGAACGAAGUUCUUAAUUUUUUAGCCUCUGAAUUAUUUCCAUGAAACAUUUUAUCAAACUCCUAUCAGCUGUGGAGGCACCAUUGCAUCACUGCGCCGUCAUUGUAGCUCCUCUCGGUGUCGUCUUCAGCCAUCUCAUAUUCGCAGACAAACUUAGAAGUGUGGCAGCUUGGGCUAGUUGGUAUGACUUGACGAUAGUUAUAGCGCGAGAACAGAGCGACGACACAGAAAGACACACAGUGUCCUUCGGGUCGUUCUUGUCUCUGUGUCAUCGUUCUGUUCUCGCGCUAUAACUAUCGUAUUCGCAGACAAAAUUGGGCUCCGAGACAAAUUUGAUGUCUUCAGCACUGUGGUAGAAACUGUUCCAAGAAAGAGCUUUUUAUUAGAGCCAUCACCUUCACCAUUUCUGCCAUUUCUAAUGCCAGUUUGAAACCAUCAUUCCCUGGCUGAACACCCAUGUAAAAUGCUGCUUUUUCCAAACUUCUGCUGCCGUCGGAUGAAUACAAUUUGAAACAAUUCAGGAAUUUUGUGUAACUAGUUUUGCGGCACUGUGAAGAGUAUAGCAAUAUAUAGCAGUACUUCAAUUUACAUGCUAGACAUGUAUAACCUGUUUAACUCUUCUGAGAAUUUGUUCAGUUAGAUUAAAAAAAAAACGAAGGAGGGACACAUUUUCAUUGCUUGCUUAUGCUGAAGUUAAAUUUCUAGAGCAGCCAUUAACAAGGACAUUAACUAGUGCUAAGAACUCCCCUAUGCGCUUGCAGCAACCUCACCAGCUAUCAGAAACCCGAUGGUCACAGGUGGAACUAAGUUUCAGGGCUAUGACGUGUAUUAACUGUUAGUCCCAUAUGAUGGCACAUUUAGAACAUGCUGGAAUGUGGGGCUAUAUGGGUAAUAUAUAGGAAUACAUGAACUAAAGAAAGUAAACGGCAGUGGUACCCCUACAAUUCACUCGGUCUAGAGCGAUUCGUGAAGAGAAACCUUAUAAGCGGGGUUCUCCAAUCAUCUCUUCAUUGGAGUGUGCCUCCAACUCGUCAACUGUUUCGUUUUUGUAGUGCUCGUGGAGCUCCAUCGAUCCAACCUGUGGCCUGCUUCAAAUUAGGGGCACACCACCAUUAAUAAGACCUGAUUUCAGUACAGGGUAUUUUUUUUAUGGGUGUAAAGGGUAACAACUGUUAAAGACGAAAUGCAGACUACUAACAGUAUUCACAGAAAGCUGUGGCUGAGUUGAAACAAAAAGUACUGACUGCACUUCAUAGUCACAAAAAAGCGUUGUUUAUUGGUCCUGCAAACUGUAAUAUUGCUGCAUAUGUUUGGCAGCUACCAGCUAUUUGCUCAUAUUUCCUCGCCGAUCUCAGACACUUGCCCAAGUAUGUGGGGGCUCAUACAAGCAAUGCGUAUGAGUCGUAUUGUUUGUACUGCCUUUGUUGGGCAUUCUAAAAGUGGCACCUUCGAAUCGGAAGUGUUCCUCUGAUGUCGUUGCGACAUCAUUCUUGUCUUGAAAUGUGUUGGGUGGCAGGGUGACUGUUUUCUUUUUUAAAUGCAGGCAUUCGUUUCCUAACGCUUGUGUUUUGCACCUGAUAUUUAACAAUGCUAGUUUAUUGCAGAGUUAAUGUUUAAUGCGCUAAGUUUUGCAUUGUACUGAAAGCAUCUAUAAGUGUCAGAAAUAUUGUUAUCUGUUUUCUUGUGUUCACACUAUACGUAAUACGAAGCAGCUCCUAAAAGAGCUAAAGAACUGCAAGGGCGAGCGCUAUCCGUUUAUCUUUUUUGUUUUAUCGCAUAGCAUUAAAUUUCUCAAAUGAAGUGGCACACUUGUCAGUGCUACUGUAAUGGCCACUGAAUAACUGAAGGUGCCUGCAUGUCUAGUUCAUUCCUAGAAACACACAAGCAUUCCUUUGGCUAAGACACUAAAGACAGGAUGGGGUUAACAAGCCAUCUGGAAAUGGAGGAAAGUUGCUGUCAUAAUUUGGGAAACUUUUCGCACAGAUAGCUUCGAUGGUCGAUGUGCUCCAUGAAUGCGUGCAGAUGACCUAGUUGCACUAUCUUGCAGCAAAUUCAGAAAUCUCACAAAGUAUGCGCAUUGUUUGUUACCGAUAAAAACAAACGGCCGAGUCCUCAUCUGUGGGGAGCAUGCAAGUAGCCGGUUCUUGCUCGGUGAGGGACACUUUGUGGCAGUUGCGGGCGCUGACGCGGUCAGCAUUUACUAUUAAGCAACAUACACUCUGGACGCGGCACGUCAAAGCCCAAAACUGUUGCUAGGUGUUGCCCCUGCAGAGCAAGAACUGUCUGCUAGCGUGCUCUACACAGACACGGACAGGUUCAUCUACUCUACACAGGCAUGGUGGUACAGGUUUACCCAUACCUGCUUGAAUAGUGUUAAGGAGCACCAAAUAAUCUAGUUAAGAGAAAAAAAAUAGUGUGGUGCGUAUAUAAUCCUGUCUACACAUUGCAGCUAGUAUGCCGAAUCUUCUUGGUGGAGCUCUUUACAAUUGCGGGCUGCAAAGAGUGCACAGGAGAGUGAUAUCUCAUAAUUUCGUUUUUUUACUAUGGAUACUGAUUUGCUGUACUUGGCUCCUUAUGUUUAGUAGGCGUUGGCUGAGGCAAUUUAAGGUGCCAUAUUGCGUGUUUUUCUCUCUGUAUAUGCAUUUAUCUUGUCUACUUAGGCUUAUAUGGGUAGGUGCACAGCAGUCAAAUAUUGAUGGUGAAACUUUUCAUUGAAGUUAAGAUGAUGUAUGAAAACUACUUGUCAAAUUUUUUCAAGUGCCUAACAAUUGGUCCCAUCGGCACAAUCUUGUAUAUGCUGGCAGCAUUUAGUACUUGUAUGCAUCGAUCUAUGUUGCAACAUUGCACUGUGCAUUAAUUUAGCAGCAGAGAACUUCAUUGUACUCUAUGAUGGCUUAGAUUCUUAAAUUGUUUCCUGAAAUAUUUUUUCUUGAUGGCUGAACAGAGAGGUUGACAGGAUAAGUGUGGUUGCACUCUGGCACAACAGCAGAGUUGAAAUUGGACCUCGAUUAUUGUCUGUUGGAAAAACUAUUUAUCAUUGGCAAGGGAAACAGAACCACAGACAUUUCCGAGGCUGUAGGGUUUUUUUUUUUUAGUUGCACCUUAAUGUCUCAAUGACAAAACAUAAGUAUGAUUUGGGCAUCCACCAGAACAGAGCUUUUGUAUUGCUCUCAAUAACUCCUGUUGAACAAAUUGUUUCUUAAGGUGCAUGCUGCUUUUUAAGCAUGCAAAAAAGCUCAUGGGGGCAAUGUAUAGAUGAUGGGUUGGUUGUAGAGCUUCAGAUGCAAGGGGGUACAGAUGCGAGAAGUGCCCCACAACUAGUGCUAGCGUGUGCGGCUGGCUUGAGACCAUAGAGCAGACAAAAUGAAAUUCUACGUGUGGGGUUACUGCUGCGACCUUGGGCCCACACACACGUUGUCUGGAGGGCCAGCGCUUGAACUAGUUAGUGCUCCGGGUGGAAGGAAGCAUUCCGUAAUUCCAGGGUACGAUACAUCAAACUUUGAGCUAGUCACUUGUCUCCGAUGAGGAGAAGCUACCUAGGGUAUUGCAAUUGAAAAGGAUGGACGCGUUCUUUUUCUUGUCCACGCGGGUGUUCUCUACUGUGUGUUUGUGCACGUCUUAACUUUUUUUUUUUCCUGCUGCCCCCCUCUGCCUUAUGGUACAGUCGCGUAUAUUUUUCUCUGCUCCUUCCUUGUAAUAUACAUUCCCUGCUGCUCGUUCACCUGUUUGUUGAGAAGAAUAAACAGUUUAUAAGCAUUC